AUGGCGGCCGGCGAAGAUGAAGCUGUGUGGCAGUGCUACAAUGGGCGCAUGGCGAGCUACGACACGGCCGAUGGUGAUGCUGGAACCAUCACCUGGAUAUGCUACAUUGUUUUUGUGUUGGAACCGGGAAACCCCACGGCCCCACCCACCCUGAUCCCAUCCCUCCCUCUCGUCUCCCACCCACCCCGAUCCCAUCCCACCCUCGUCUCCCUCCCAAGCCCUACCCGCCGCCGCGCCGCCCACCGACCGCCCCGCCGUCCCGCCGUCCUUGGCCUCCCCCACGCCCUCCUUCUCGCGGUCUCCUACGCUGCACCGCCACCAACCGCCCCCGUCUCCCUCACCUCGCCGCCAGCCACGACCUCCGCCCUCCCCUCCCCUCCUCUCAUCAGAAGAGAUCCGAUCCCCCACGCCCUCCUCCUCUCGCCCCUCCCCUUCCCUCACCAGAAGGGAGAGAAGAACCCGAGGGUGGGAUAUCCAACGCGAUCCAGCCUCGGUCUCCGCUGCCUCGGCCUCGCGCCUCGCCGGAGCAGCUCCGCCGUCGACCGAAGUCCCGCAGGUCGACGUGUUCCCCCGCUCUUCUUCCUCCCUCUGUUUGUGUUUCCCUUUUUUCUCUCUCAAGUCUCAAUCCCCACUGUACUUCUCUGUGCAAGGAGGCCGCCAUGGACGCCUGAGGUCCUCCGCUCCGACCCACACCCCGGCGGCCUUGCCGACGUCUUCGCCGAGGUGAGCCGCAACCUCGAUGGAGGUCCGGCUUCCGGAUCCGAGCCGCAGACACCCACCUGUUGUUUUCGUCUGCUUCCGCUCCUACUCCGUCGUUCUCACGCGACCAUCUUGACUCCCUCCCGCACGCACGAGCAGCAGGAAGAUGCAGUUCUUCGUCAAGACCUCACAGCUGUGGAUACUGUGGCUACACAUUGAACUUGAGCUCCUCAACACGGAACACGGCCAACAUUGGAUCCAAGUACGGGAAGCAGAUCAGGAAAGGCG